CGUGCCUGUCACACAGCACACUGAGCCCGGCAGCCCGCACUGCUUUAUAAAGCGCUAAAUUUACCAAACUUUACGUUGUUUCCUGAGCUCUCACAAUUGGCCAGGCGAUCUCCGCUUGGAGAGUUAUAAAGUCGGGGAGGACCUCCUACCACUUUUAAACUUGUGUUCAUGUGUUUGAAGCGCAGCUGUGGAGAGAGGGGGACACCGUGAAAGUAACUUAAACUCUGGCGCGGCUGCCGCUCCGCUUAACUUUAACCAAAAUAAUAAGUUUUAGUGUUAUUUCACCCUAAACGAUGGCCUUGUCAGGAGUGAUGCUGCCCUCAUUUUCGACGUUCUCGAACCAAAGAGAAAAAAGCUGGGAAAAUAGGUGGAAAGGAGACAUGGACAAAUUCCCACCUACAAGUUGCUCCAUGCUUGAACUGGUACAAACCCUGGACUGUCAGAGCAAAAAGGAUGACGAGGAUCUGAGCGAUUUCUUGGAUCUGGAUUUUAUUCUCUCCAACACAACCGGAUCAGGCAGCGCGGUGGAAUACGUUGGCACAGCUGAUCCCAACUUAUACACAACAACCGGGAACUCUGUGCCGCAGUAUCCCGCCGAGGACCACCGCUCCCCGCCUCCUCCCUACGGCGCCAGCCUCAUGACGGAGCUGCUCCGCUCCGAUGGACCCGCCGGCUACGGCGUUACGCGCAACCCCGGCGUUCAGGGGAGAUUUUUCGUCAACACGGCGCCGUUCCCCCGCCCGGACAUCAAAAUAGAGCCAGCCAUGGACAGCUACGGCCCCGUUAUGGGCAUGGUCCCUCAGAGCUGCAGCAAGAUCAAGCAAGAAGGCAACGUUUCGUGCAUGAUGUCCUUCGAGCAGCCCCGGGUGGCCAUCUCUCCGAGGGCGGCCAGCAGCAUGACCCCGCCGCUGAGUCCCGACGACCAGCAAGCCACGGACUGCCAGGCUCAGCUGUGCUUCCAGCAGAAAUACCACACGGCGGCGUCCUUCCAGCACCACCCGCAGGCCCCGCAGAUGCAGAUGCCCUACCACGCUCCGCACCCGGGCUUCGGGAUGUACGACGAGGGUCUCAACCUGCAGCCCGCGGGCGCGCAGAGGGUGAUGCUCACGCCGCCCUCGUCCCCGCUGGAGCUGCUGGAGUCCAAGCCCAAGAGAGGGAGGCGUACGUGGCCGCGGAAGCGCACGGCGACGCACACCUGCACGUUUGCCGGCUGCGGUAAAACCUACACCAAGAGCUCACACCUGAAGGCACAUCUGCGAACUCACACUGGUGAGAAGCCAUACCACUGCAGCUGGGAAGGCUGCGGGUGGAAGUUCGCCCGCUCCGACGAGCUGACCCGUCAUUUCCGUAAACACACCGGACACAGACCCUUCCAGUGCCACCUGUGCGAGCGCGCCUUCUCCAGGUCUGACCAUUUGGCGCUUCACAUGAAGAGACACAUGUGAAGGAGCUCAGCAGAGGACUUUGGGGUGUUCACAAAGGGGGGAUUGUAUUAUUUUGUAUUGUGAUUCAGCUGUAUUUUUUAUUUAAAAUGCUCUCCAUGUGGCCAAAUUCUGUUUUUAUAUACAUAUAAAAUAUUGAAUUAAAACAUUUUAGUGUAUGUUUUUUUCUAAUAAUGUAGCUGGUACUACUUUGGUUGUAUAAAGAAAGCUUUAGAAAAGCUUUGUUUGCUUAAGAGCAGGCAGACCAAGAAGGGGCUGGCCCUGUAUAUACUACUCUUCCUUGACAGAACUGGAACGCUGUGUUUGACACAAAAGUGCCUUUCUAUGACUGUGCUACUGUAAAACUCUUUGUAACAGAACGACGUGGCCAAAAAAUGUAUAUGUUCUUGUUGACAGGGGUAAAAUGCACAUACAGUUGCCUAACAAGCGCAGAGACAAUGUUUUAUUUAAACUGCCUCAUGUGUCUGAACUGCCUUUUUUGACUUAUUUUAAUCCUAUUUGGAAUUUAUUUUCUUCUUCUCUGUGUGAAACUCUUGGAUCCAGCCCCUCUGUACACUAUCAGGGCUUGACGUCCUGUGCAUUAUUUUUUACUUAAAUUUAUAUAAAUAAGUACAUGGAUUUUAUACUGUAAAAAAUGUGUAUUUAUUGUAAAUAUUAAAAAGAACAGAUUUGAAAAAAACAAAA